AAAAUAUAACGAUAUACUAUAAUAAAUAAAUAAAACAAAAAUGUACCCGCCUCAACAGCAUCAGCCAAAAAUGCCCAUACCAAUAAGACCACGAUCAUCACUAUCGACAGACGAACAUCAUCAUCGGAUGAAGGAGACACAUCAUUUGUCAAAAAAACCCAGCAAUGCGGUUCUAACAUUAGCGGGAUUUUGUAUAUUUUUAUUAGUAUUAUGUGUUUUCUUAUUAGGAGCGUUAGUGUAUGUCGGUAGAAAUAUUGUCAAUGAACAAAAUUAUAAAGUAGAUUUCACCUACAACGAUACAAUUAUACAAGAGGAGGGACAAUUCAAUGACGUUUUGCGUUUAUCGACCAAACCAAUACUAAGAUUUCGUCCAGUAACACCAACCACACAAUCCCCUCAGAAGUCAAAAGUAUUUCUAUUCAAUAAGACAACAAUAGCGCCGUCCGUGAUGGCUACUUCGAAGGUAUUGCAACAUUUGUCAUUUCGUUUGCCACGAGAAUUGAGGCCACUGCGUUAUAAUCUGGUACUACAGCCAGAUUUAAAGAAUAAAACAUUUAGUGGAAACGUAACAAUAAAACUGGAGGUGAUAAAACCCAUUUCAUACAUACCGGUACACUCGAAGUUCCUUUCAGUGGUGACAAAAGAAGUCAAGCAUUUAGGCAAUGAAGAGAUACCUGCACGUAUAAUAACACCUUCAUUAACAUUUGAACAUCCCCAAUUGGAGUAUUGGGUCACCGAGUUUGCCGAACCCUUGGAAGUGGGCAACUAUUCAUUGCAAUUGGCUUUCAACGGUUCAUUGGUAGACCGUAUUGUAGGUUUUUAUCAGAGUUCCUAUUUGGACAAGCAACGUAAUGAAAAAAGAUGGAUUGCAACAUCAAAGUUUGAACCCACCUAUGCUCGCCAGGCAUUUCCCUGUUUCGAUGAGCCUUCCAUGAAGGCUAUGUUUACCAUUACUGUAGUAAGGCCGACGGGAGACGGUUAUCAUGCUCUAUCAAACAUGAAUGUUGAGGAGGAAAAAGAUAUUGGCGGUGGUCUAACAGAAGUAACUUUUGCUGAAAGUGUACCCAUGAGCACGUAUUUAGCUUGUUUCAUUGUAUCCGACUUUGCUCACAAAUCAAAGAUGGUUAAAGGCAUUUUGGAAGGUCAAGAUGACUUUGAAAUGCGUGUAUUUGCAACAGCUGCUCAAGUUGAUAAGGUGGAUUAUGCUCUUAAUGUGGGUGCCAGCGUCACUGAAUUCUAUAUUGAAUACUUUAAUGUGUCUUAUCCAUUGCCUAAACUCGAUAUGGCAGCAAUUCCUGAUUUUGUGUCUGGAGCUAUGGAACACUGGGGUUUGGUUACAUACCGUGAGACUGCAUUAUUGUAUGACAAAACUAUUAGUUCAAGUGCUAAUCAACAGCGUGUUGCCACUGUUAUUGCUCAUGAAUUGGCUCAUAUGUGGUUUGGCAAUUUGGUGACAAUGAAGUGGUGGAACGACUUGUGGUUGAAUGAAGGUUUUGCCAGUUAUAUUGAAUACAAAGGUGUUAAUCAUGUCCAUCCAGAUUGGCAAAUGCUCGACCAAUUCCUCAUUUCCGAUUUGCACGGUGUAAUGAAACUUGAUGCCACUUUAGCCUCCCAUCCAAUUGUACAAACGGUUGAAAGUCCCAAUCAAAUUACUGAGCUUUUUGAUUCUAUAACUUAUUCAAAAGGUGCUUCUGUUAUUCGUAUGCUAGAAGAUCUAGUUGGAGCGGAGAAAUUCCGCAAUGCUACCACCAACUACCUGAAUAGAUUCUACUACCAGAAUGCGGAAACUAAUGAUUUUCUUAGUGAACUGGAGGCAUUGAACUUUGAUUUUGAUGUGAAGUCAAUCAUGCAAACAUGGACUGAACAAAUGGGUUUACCUGUUGUAGAAGUGACCCGUACUGGAAAUAGUUAUAAACUGACACAAAAGAGGUUCUUUGCCAAUCCCGAAGACUACAAUGGCAGCUAUGAAGAUUCUGAAUUCAAUUAUCAUUGGUCCAUACCCAUUACAUAUUACACCAAUACCAACAGUGAAGUUCAACGUGCCAUUUUCAAUUAUAAUGAUAAUGAAUUAACUGUUACGACUCCUGCCGCUGUUGACUGGAUUAAAUUUAACAAGAAUCAAGUGGGCUACUACCGUGUUAAUUAUCCCACCGAUAUGUGGCAGUCAUUGACAAAGGCUCUAUUCGAGAGUCGUGGUGACUUUAGUGUGGCCGAUCGUGCUCAUUUGAUAAAUGAUGUUUUUGUUUUGGCCGAUGCAGGUCAAGUUGACUACAGCAUUGCCUUGGAAUUGAGCAAAUAUUUGGAAAAGGAAUUGGAUUAUGUACCGUGGAGUGUAGCUGCCUCUCGUCUAAGUGCCAUUAAGAAUUUGCUAUACUUUACCGAUAUGUAUCGUGAUUUUGUGGACUAUGCUCGUCAAUUAUUGAGGACUGCUUACGACUCAGUGACAUGGACUGUUGGUGACGAUCACUUGCAAAAUCUUUUACGUGUAACUAUAUUGAAUGCUGCUUGUGGUUAUGGCAAUAAUGAAGCUUUGGAAGAAGCUGGUAAACGUUUCACAGAGUGGCUGGUUAAUCCAGAAGUGAGACCCAAUCCUGAUAUUCGCUCAACCGUCUACUAUUACGGCAUGAAAGUUGCUGGCAAUGAAGAGACAUGGAAUCAAGUCUUUGAUCUGUUUGUGGCAGAACAAGAUGCCCAGGAAAAAGUGAAACUUAUGGAAUCUUUAGCCGCUAUUAAUGAACCAUGGAUACUGCAACGUUACAUUAACUUGGCAUGGAAUGAAAGCUAUGUAAGAGGUCAGGAUUAUUUCAGCUGCUUGCAAUAUAUUGCACAAAAUCGUGUAGGUCAACCUUUGGUGUGGGAUUAUGUUCGUGAAAAUUGGCCACGUUUAGUAGAACGUUUUGGCAUCAAUGAACGUUAUAUGGGUCGCAUGAUUCCAUCUAUUACCUCACGUUUUGCUUCACAAACAAAACUAGAAGAAAUGGAAGCAUUCUUUGAAAAAUAUCCCGAAGCUGGUGCUGGUACUGCUGCUCGCAAAGAAGCCUUGGAAAAUGUUAAGAACAAUAUCAAAUGGUUGGAACAAAAUUUGAAACCCGUUGGUGAAUGGCUACAAUCUCAAAAAGCACCCGACAGCAUUGAGUCAUCUACCGCCAAUAGCAUAAAUUAAAAAACAUACAUUUUGUUGCCUUAAUUGUUAGUCUUUAAAGUUGCUUUUUGUAUAUUAAAUUUUUAUUUCAAUUUCGAUCUGUAUUAUACACUCUUGUCUUCAUAUGUAUAUUCUAUAACCCUUAACAUUAGCAAGACUCUGUUUUUUGUAUUUUUUAAAUUCAUUAUUCAGGUUUUAAAUGUUAAAUAGUAUUUUAUUAAUGUAAUAUUAUUUCUUAUCUAUUAAAUUUUUAUUUUAUUUUAUAGGUUAAAAUUAUUUAGUUAUUUGCUACAAAUGCAUGCAUGCUUAUUAAUUGGAUUCUCAAUAUCGAAUUUUGUAUGAAAAAAAUAUAUAAAUAAAAAAAUUCUUGUAUAUAAUGUAUAAAAA